UCGCGUUGGAGUCGUACUCACGUGUUUAUUAUGAAAACGCCACUGUUGAAAGGUUGCAUUGUUCGCUCGUUAUUUGGGACAGAGCGUGUCGCUAUAACGAAAGUGCGUUGUAGUAAAUAAAACACGAGAUGAUUAAACUGAUCUUAGUACAAACCCUAGAAUGCUGACUUACUGUAUCAGAAGGCGACUUUUUGUCACCAGCCAUAAUGUGUCUGUGGACAUCUGUCCUCUCCACGUGUUGCUGCAGGUCUCUAAACAUUCCGUAAAGAGCAGUGAUGGAGGCCCGGAUGCAGCCGGUGACAUGUUACAGCUGUUACAGCGGCGCUUCUUCAUCCCUCCAGAUCCCCACCAUGCUGAGUCUUUACUCAAAGGCAGGACCUGUGUAUACGGACCAUUAGGGGUGGAUCUCAAAAGGAACCUGUUGGACCAGUGGUGGGCUUCUGUGGUCAGAUCAAGACCUCAGGUGUUCGGGAUAAGCACCCUUUAUGAGCUAGGAGAUAAGGGUGCUGGAGAAGGCAACCAUAAAGAGAAGCUAGGUGACAGUGUGGAUGAGCUUCUUCAACGGAGGCAACCUUGGAGGACCAGACUUCUUCAAGGUGCUCUGGCACAGUACGUCCCAUCCCUGGAGCUCAUGAACAGGAAGCUGCCGUUUGGUCUGGCUGAAACCGGUCUGUGUUACCAGCCUGAAGAUGCCAACUCGGAUGCAAUCGGUUGUUCUUCAGAGGUCACAGAGGCGUCACUUGUGUGGUUCUGUUCCCCACGUACGUCCUCACAGUGGCUCGACUACUGGACACGACACAGACUGCAGUGGUGGAGAAAGUUCACUUUAGGGCCGUCUGACUUCAGCACACGUGACAUUCAGGAUGAAGAGCGUAACCAUGGCACGUCCCGUGGAGUGACGGUGCUCUAUCAGUUCCCCUGGGGAACAGAGACGCUGGAAACACUGUGGAUGCUCGGCGACGCUGCGCUGCUCAGGAGUCACACGGGCAGUCGAGACAAACUACAGUGCAGAGACGGGAAGAGAGUCGUUCUACCUCACGUCCUCUCCCUGAGCGCGAACAUGGACAGGGGCGUCCUGGCUGUCCUCUUUAACUCCUUACAGCAUGUGCAGAAAGUGGACAGCAAGCAGAGACUUCAUCAGAGAACAGUGUUGAAGCUUCAUCCUACUUUAGCACCUGUUAAAGUAGCCUUGGACAUGGGCAAAGGCUCGACCUCUGAGCUCAGACAGGUGUGUGAGGGUCUGCUUCACGAGCUCCUAGACGUAGGAAUCAGUGCUUGGCCUGGAUACAUGGACACCACGCAGUCCUCCAUGGACAAACUACACACCAAGUAUGACGAGAUGGGUGUGCUGUUUACACUGAUGGUCGGGGAGAACACGCUGGAGAACGGGCUCCUGCUGGUUCGCAACCGCGACACCACCAUCAGAGAGACCAUGCACAUCUCCGAGAUCAGACAGUUUCUUCUCAAAUAUAUAUCGGCUGCGGAAAAAAUCUGAUCCGCCACUCGAUUGGACAGACUUUUUUUGUUGCAGAAUCUUUUUGUACCCAUGCAGUUUGAGAUAUGAAAAAAAUGAACAGUUUUCUUUUGUUGUUGUUAAAGGAAACACAUUAAAUGUGUUUAUAUUCAAAUGUC